UCUGUCCAGCAUUUACCGCUACGGCAAAGCGCGUGUCCCGUUAAAGAGCGACAAUCUGCGUCAUGUGACGGCGGACGGACGGAGAGAUGAAGAUGGCGCAGCACCGGCGCUGAAGAGUCUCCCCGUUCACCGCGUAAAAUCACGGAAAAUUGCAUCGAUCACGCGCGAAAGAGCGCCACGCGCGCGCGCGACUCGAGAAACGCUCAAGGUUAGCUCGUCCUCGCGCUGUUUUGUCGGAUUCCAGCGGUAAAUCACGACUGACCGACUCAAUGAAAUAAAUAAAUGAUCGUCUCCAUCCUCAGAUGUUGCUGCCGCCGCAUCCAUAACGGGAGAUCCAGACGCACGGAUGGGAAACCUGAGCUGACGCGUGAAACAUGUCGAUUGUUUCAUCAAACACACGGCUGUGAGAUAAACACGUCUGACGCUCUCCUUUAACUUUAAUGUGUCAUCGUACAUGACAUUUAACCGAAACUCUUCUAAUAUCUUGGUUAUUUUACCGGGAUCAUGUGGACACCGACCGAGGACGAGAAAAUCGGAGUGGUGGUCUGUAGUUUCCGCGGAUCAGUGUCACAUGGUCUGACUCUAGAGCUUGGAGAAACGGUUCAGAUCCUGGAGAAAUGUGAAGGAUGGUACCGGGGAUUUUCCACCAAGAAACCCACAAUCAAGGGGAUCUUCCCAGCCGGCUACGUUCACUUGAAGAAAGCUGUCGUCACGAACAGAGGGCAAUAUGAGACGGUGGUCCCGCUGGAGGACCCCAUCAUCACAGAGGUCACCUCUACGCUGCAGGAGUGGUCUGUCCUGUGGAAGCAGCUGUAUGUGAAGCAUAAAGUCGACCUCUUUUACAAGCUCCGUCACGUGAUGAACGAGUUGAUUGAUCUGAGGCGACAACUGCUUUCAGGCCACCUGACCCAGGAUCAAGUCCGUGAAGUCAAACGCCACAUAACUGUACGACUGGACUGGGGCAAUGAACACUUGGGCUUAGAUCUGGUGCCCAGGAAGGAGUUUGAAAUGGUAGAUGCGGACCAGAUCAGCGUUUCUGAUCUCUACAAAAUGCACCUAUCCAGCAGACACAGCGUCCAGCAAAGCACAUCCCAGGAUGGCGGAAGACAAAGACACGGGGAUUCGUGUCGAAUGCCAGUGCCACACCAUCUCUUUGUCAACCUAAAGAGCUUCACGUACAACACCAUCGGCGAGGACACAGACAUCUUCUUCUCUUUGUAUGACCUGAGAGAGGGCAAGCAAAUUAGUGAGAAGUUUAUGGUGAAACUCAACAAAAAUGGUGGCCCAAAAAACCCAGAGAAGGUCGACCGUCUCUGCGCCCUCUUUACGGACUUAAGCAACAAGGACAUGAAGAGAGAUCUGUACAUUGUGUCCCAGGUCAUCAGGACGGGGCGGAUGUUGUUAAACGACUCGAAGAAAGGCCCCCCUCACGUCCAGUACCGCCGGCCGUAUGGAUGCGCAGUGCUGGCCAUGAGCGACGUCCUUCAGACCAUCUCUGAACUCAAAGAGGAGAAAGACUUUGUGCUCAAAGUUUACACGUGUAAUAAUGAAAACGAGUGGUACCAGAUUCAUGAGAACAUUAUCCGCAAGUCCAGCACCAAAUACACCGCCCCCAGCACUAACUACGGUUUAAUCAUCUCACUACAGCUGUUGAGGGGCGACAUGGAGCAGGUGCGCAGAGAAAACCCCAUGAUAUUCAACCGUGGCGUGGCCAUCACGCGCAAACUGGGCUUCCCUGAUGUGAUCAUGCCAGGCGACAUACGCAAUGACCUCUACCUCACUCUGGAGAGAGGAGACUUUGAGAGAGGAGGCAAGAGCGUUCAGAAGAACAUUGAGGUCACCAUGUAUGUGCUCUACGCUGACGGCGAGAUCCUCAAAGAGUGCAUUAGUCUGGGCUCAGGAGAGCACAACAUCAGCGAGUACCGCUCUUUCGUCCUCUACCACAACAACAGUCCGCGCUGGAGUGAGGUCAUCAAACUGCCCAUCCCCAUAGACCGCUUCCGCGGGUCCCAUCUGCGCUUUGAGUUCAGACACUGCUCAACAAAGGACAAAGGAGAAAAGAAGCUUUUUGGCUUUGCUUUCACUCCGCUUAUGAGGGAAGAUGGCACCACAUUGUCAGAUGAGAGCCAUGAGCUUUACGUCUACAAGUGUGAUGAAAACACCACCUUCAGUAACCACGCGCUGUACCUGGGUCUGCCCUGCUGUAAAGACGACUUCAACGGCUGCCCCAACAUCCCGUCCAGCCUCAUAUUCCAGCGCAGCACUAAGGAAACCCUCUGGAUAUCCACUCAGCUCUCUUCCACCAAACUAACACAGAAUGUCGAUCUACUAGCAUUGUUGAAGUGGAAAGCCCAUCCAGACCGUGUAAUGGACAUUUUGGGGCGAUUGCGGCAUGUCUGUGGGGAAGAAAUAGUCAAAUUUCUUCAAGACAUCCUCGACACACUGUUCUCCAUUCUGGAUGACAACACAGACAAAUAUGGACCCCUGGUGUUUCAAUCACUGGUGUUCAUCAUCAAUCUGCUCCGGGACAGUAAGUUUUAUCACUUCCGGCCUGUGAUGGACACAUACAUCCAGAAGCAUUUUGCUGGAGCACUGGCUUAUAAAGAGUUGAUUCGCUGUCUGAAGUGGUACAUGGACCGAUCAGCAGAAGUUGUUCGACAGGAUCACAUCCAGGAAGCCAUGAGGGCUCUAGAGUACCUGUUUAAAUUCAUCGUCCAGUCACGGAUCCUCUACUCCCGGGCCACCUGUGGGAUGGAGGAGGACCAAUUUCGGGCUAGCAUCCAGGAGCUUUUCCAAUCCAUCCGUUUCGUGCUCAGUCUGGACAGCCGCAGCUCUGAGACACUAAUUUUCACCCAGGGUCCCCAGCCAACUACAGGACAAGCCACCACCAACCAGGGCAACUGCUUGCAGCCGUUGAGCUGCACUGCCCCACGGCCCUCUCCGCUGUCUGCUGCCCUACUCAACUCCUUCCCAGCUAUUUUUGACGAGCUCCUGCAGAUGUUCACAGUGCAGGAAGUGGCAGAGUUUGUGAGGGGAACUCUGGGUAGCAUGCCUAGUACAGUCCACAUCGGUCAGUCCAUGGAUGUGGUCAAGCUGCAGUCCAUUGCUCGGACAGUGGAUAGCAGGCUUUUCUCUUUCCCAGAAUCAAGGAGAAUUCUCCUUCCUGUUGUUCUCCAUCACAUUCAUCUGCAUCUGCGCCAACAGAAGGAGCUUCUGAUCUGCUCGGGAAUCCUGAGCAGCAUUUUCUCCAUUAUUAAGAGCAGCUCAUUGGAGAGCUCUGUGCAGGAGGAGGUAGAGAUGAUGGUGGAGAGUUUGUUGGAUGUGUUGUUGCAGACGCUGUUGGCCAUCAUGAGUAAAUCUCAGUCUCAGGAGGCGGUAAGAGGGCAGCGCUGUCCACAGUGCACGGCUGAGAUCACUGGGGAGUAUGUGUCCUGCUUGUUGUCCCUCCUGCGUCAAAUGUCGGACAUUCAUUUUCAACACCUUCUGGACAACUUCCAAAGCAAAGAGGAGCUAAAGGAAUUUUUGCUGAAGAUUUUCUGUGUGUUCAGAAACCUGAUGAAGCUCAGUAUAUUCCCACGUGACUGGAACGUCAUGCGACUGCUGACCAGCAAUAUCAUUGUGAGCACAACUCAGUAUCUGUCGCCUGCUCUCCAUAAAAGCUUUACGGAUGCUGACUUUGAUUUUAAGGUGUGGAAUUCGUACUUCAGUCUGGCAGUGUUGUUUAUCAACCAGCCCAGUCUACAGCUGGAGACUCUGACACCAGCCAAGCGGAAGAAGGUCUUUGACAAGUAUGGUGAUAUGAGGGUCAUGAUGGCUUAUGAGCUGUUUAGCAUGUGGCAGAAUUUGGGUGAGAAUAAGAUCCACUUCAUACCAGGAAUGAUUGGCCCAUUUUUGGGUGUGACGCUUGUACCGCAAAAUGAAGUCCGAAAUAUAAUGAUCCCCAUCUUCCACGAUAUGAUGGACUGGGAACAGAGAAAGAACGGCAACUUCAAACAGGUGGAGGCAGAAUUGAUAGACAAACUGGACAGUCUGGUGUCUGAAGGCAAAGGAGACGAGAACUACAGAGAACUCUUCAGUUUGCUAACUCAACUGUUUGGGCCGUACCCCAGUCUGCUGGAGAAGAUCGAGCAGGAGACCUGGAGGGAGACGGGUGUCUCUUUUGUCACAUCUGUCACGCGCCUCAUGGAACGACUGCUGGACUACAGAGAUUGCAUGAAAGGCGAUGAGACGGAAAACAAGAAGAUCGGCUGCACUGUUAACCUGCUGAAUUUCUACAAGUCGGAGAUUAAUAAAGAGGAGAUGUACAUCCGAUACAUUCACAAGCUGUGCGACAUGCACCUGCAGGCCGAAAACUACACAGAGGCGGCAUUCACGCUCCUGCUGUACUGGGAGCUGCUCCACUGGGAGGAAAGACCCCUCCGAGAGUUCCUGCACUAUCCUGCACAGAGCGAAUGGCAUCGCAAAGAGGGUCUCUGUCGUAAAGUUAUCCACUACUUCAACAAGGGAAAGUGCUGGGAGUACGGCAUCCCGCUGUGCCGUGAACUAGCCUUCCAGUACGAGUCCCUGUACGAUUAUCAGAGUCUCAGCUGGAUACGGAAAAUGGAGGCGGCAUAUUAUGACAACAUCAUGGAGCAGCAGCGACUAGAGCCGGAGUUCUUCAGGGUGGGAUUUUAUGGUCGGAAGUUUCCCUUCUUCCUCAGGAAUAAGGAGUUUGUUUGUCGAGGGCAUGACUACGAGAGACUCGAAGCCUUUCAGCAAAGAAUGCUGGGAGAAUUUCCACAAGCUAUCGCCAUGCAGCACCCAAAUCAACCAGAUGAGGGGAUUUUACAGGGUGAAGCCCAGUACCUCCAGAUCUACGCCGUGACUCCAGUUCCAGAAAACAUUGAUGUGCUGCAGAUGGACCGUGUGCCGGACCGCAUCAAGAGCUUCUACAGAGUCAAUAAUGUCAGACGCUUCCGUUAUGACCGGCCCUUCCACAAGGGGCCCAAAGACAAGGACAAUGAAUUUAAGAGUCUCUGGAUCGAGCGGACCACACUUAUCCUCACCCACCCUCUGCCCGGGAUCUCCCGCUGGUUUGAGGUGGAUAAGCGUGAGCUGAUUGAGGUUAGUCCGCUGGAGAACGCCAUAUAUGUGGUGGAGAACAAGAACCAGGAGCUGCGCACCCUCAUCAGUCAGUACCAGCACAAGCAGCUUCACGGAAACAUCAACCUGCUCAGCAUGUGCCUCAACGGGGUGAUCGACGCUGCCGUCAACGGAGGAAUCGCCAGAUACCAGGAAGCGUUCUUCGAUAAAGAGUACAUUAGCAGUCACCCAGAGGAUACGGAGAAGAUCACCCAACUCAAGGAUCUGAUGCAGGAACAGGUUCACAUCCUCGGCAUGGGUCUGGCCGUCCAUGAGAAACUAGUGCAUCCAGAAAUGCGUCCCCUGCACAAGAAGCUGAUCGAUCAGUUCCAGAUGAUGAGGAGCAGCCUCUGUCAUGGCCUGCCCGGUCUGGAUAAGCUGAGUCCGGCCUGCUCAGGGUCCAGCACCCCACGCGGCAUCCUCGCCACCCACAGUCCCAUGAGUCCUGAAAGUAUCAAGCUCAUGCACCGGCACAGCCCUCUGAAUGUGUUGGGCUCUGUCCGCCACUCCUCCUCUUCUCUCUCCUCUCACACCUCCAGUGAGACAGGAAACCUGCUCAUCCUGACAGACAGUAUGAUGGAGCACCCGGAGGACCUCUACCGCAUGCAGCCCAGUCCAUCAUCAUCCAGUUUGAGCUCGACACAUUCAGCUCCGUCUCAGAUGAUCAACUCAGGGCACGGCAGCAUUAGAGUUGGAUCCCCAUCACUACCUGACAGAUACAGACACAACCGAGAGCUGUUAAUGCUCCUACCACCACACAGGGACCGUCCCAGCAGUGCCAUGUACCCCAACAUUACCGAGAAUGGACAGCCUACUAACCAUCAGAGGGCUCUUUACCAUCAGGUCAUUGGUCCCUGCAAACCCUGCAGUGACCCCAAUCUCUCUGUGGCUGAUAAAGUGUUGACAGCUCCCAGCAGCUGGAGUUUGGACAGUGGCACCAGGGACACUCUGCCGUUCCUCUCUGCUCAUGUCGGGAGUGUGAUGGCCCCACCCGUUCCCCCCCGCACCCUUCCUCCCGGACACUUCUCGAUGCACUUUGAUGCUUUCCACCACCAGAUCAACGAACUCCCUCCAGCUCUCCCCGCGCGCUCUUUAAGAAAGUCGCCCCUGCACCCUAUACCUGCCUCACCCACCAGUCCACAAUCGGGCCUGGAUGGCAGUAAUUCCACCUUGUCCGGCAGCGCCAGCAGUGGCGUCUCCUCCUUGAGCGAGAGCAACUUCGCCCAGUCCUCCUCCGAGCCUCCGGCUCGAGCCGACACCUUGGACUCGAUGCCGAGCAGCCAGGCCUGGACCACGGACACGGAGGAAGCCGAGAGUCCCUACCUCCCUGUACGUUACAGCGUCUCCGAGCCUGAAGUUCUGGACCCUCUCAAGCCCUCUCCCUGCCGUAGUCAUUCAGCCCCAUUGGGCGUAACCCCAGGGAUGCCCACCGAUGGGCACCACCAUCAUCAUCUCCAUCUCCACCAUCACCACCCACAUGCAAUACACAUCACCCAUCCGCACUACCACCACCAUGAGCCUGCACCUGCUCUGCCUCCCAAACCUUACCUGAGGGAAGGGUGUAUCCCUGAAGAGGACCUGAGGCCGGUUCCAAGGCCAAUGCCCCGCAAGAUCUCCCAGCCUCUGCUCACUAACAAGGAGGAGCAGGCCAAGGUGGCCUGGGAACAUGGCAUCAGCGAAGAAUAGAUGAAGAGAAAGGUUAAGCUUGGACUGUUGGCUUUAGUGUGAUAGGUGGUUGGGUUUUGGGAAAGUCCCAAGAAUCGACUGGGUUUGAACCUCUACUUCUCAUGUAUCCAGUGUAGGUCUCUGAAACCUUUUAAGAAGUGCUUGACAUGUUGCUGAGCUUCUACAUGCUAGUGAGACAUUUUGUUGUGUGCUUAGUGGUUGUUGAUUGGGAGUUGCCCAGGAAACUUGAGUUCAAACUGCUUGUAGAGCCCAAGCUACUUCCCCUCAUUAGUUUCCGUAUAUUGAUUGGAUAAUACAGAUAUGGUCCCGAAAGGUACGAAAACAGACUUUCAGAUGAAACAGGAAGCACAAAAUCACAUUCAGGUGGUUUUCAGGUAUACCAGAUCCAAGCGUUUUGUGUCCUAAGAGAGAGAUACACCUCUUGUCAAGGUCUACAACUUAUUAACACUUCAUAAUCAUCAGUUUUGAUUGAUUGACAUUACACACCUUUAAAAAGAGUGUUGAUAAACCUUACCAAUAGACGUUGUUCAGUUCUGGUUGGGUUGCACUUUAGCACUUAACCUUGGAGCACCAAAUACCUUAUUAUUUUUGUCUAUAUAUAUUUUUUAAACUAAUUAUUUAAACAUAAUUUAGAAAGUGGUCAAAAGUGGAUCUGUGGUUCCUUAGCUAGUGGCUAAAGUUCACUUUCAUCUAGGUAGCCCACAUAAGGGUGGAUUUCAGAUCCAUGAAGAUAUCUUCAUUGACUAAACAUUCUCAUCUCUUCUGACAAGAUAUUCCCAAUCCACAAUGCUUAAGCCUCAGACGUGAUUUUAUUAACACAGUGGUUGAUAUAACAUGCUAACACUUCAUUACCGACCUAAAAACACUUAACAGAACGUCUGCUACCUCCUGCACGCUUGCGGGAAGCUUCUCCUCAGAGAGAAUCUGCACUGAUGUGACAGUAAGAGGCUUUUACAAUCUUCGUAAAGCCUCAUUACACCCACAAUAUUGUCGUGCUGCGAAAGCAAAUCAGCCGCUCUCAACGCUACUACCCCGUUACGCUAAUAACACAACAGCCAAAACGCUGUUAAAUCAAAGCCAUUUCACAGAUGUCUCCUCACGGUAAAGCGGCUUUCGGUCUCAGUAGGUUCCUUUUGGGAAUUGAUUUCCGUUCCUCCGAGUUGACAGUUUUCAUAAAGAAGUAUAUUUUUAGAUAGAGCUGUUAUAAAAUUCCAAGACUUUAAUAUAAUUGUAAAGUAUUAAAAAAUACAAAAAGAGAGUUAGAAUAAAUACAGCGUAGAUUAUAUCAUAUACUAUAUUGCUAUGAAAGAUUAUAUCACAUAUUUCUAAAGAUGGAAACGAGGCAAGAUUCAUGAGUGUGUUUUAUGUUGCGAGUUGAGUGACUUCGAUAAGUCUUUCAGCUGCUGACAGAUGCAAAUUUGGUACCUGAUGUUCUUUGCAUAUUAACUGCUGACGACUUGAACGUAUGUGUUAUUUAAAAAGCUAAUUUUUAUGUACAAUGUGCAUGUUCUCUUCAAUGGUGGUGAUAAUAUUACGCUACAUCACUUGAAGGGAGGGUCUGGUAGAGGUAUUGCUUGUACUGUAUAUCUACACAUCCUCAUCCACAACACCAUUAACUAGCAUUUCAUGUCAUGUGAAACUGUUAAUUAUAUAAGCAAAACACUGCAUAUUGAGUUUGGAGUAAACUUAAGCGGCAGGAAAAACUUAAAUCUGUUGGCCCAUUUUAAUUUCAUGUUCCAAAAGAAAUCAAGAACAUGCAUCCAAGAAAGUGACAAAUGGUAAAAUCUAUAUUUUUAACGUUAAUCUUUUAUUUUUAUUUUUUUGUAUUAUUGAUAUUAUGGGUAUUGUACCGUUAAUUUUAGAAUCUAAUCUUGUUUUUUUUUUUUUUUUUUUCUUCCUGCACUGUUAGGCCUACGCAAAUUUAUGAUGUGGUUUAAUUUGGUUUUAUAUCACUUAAUUACAAAAAUACGUUAUGGGUUUGAAAAGUACUUUUUUUAUUUAUUAAAAGUUCUGGUAUACAAACACAAAAGUAUAUACUUAAGGCUGCUCGUAAUAUGAAAUGUACUUCAACACCAAUACUUAGAGAAUAUCAAAGGCAAAAGGCAAGUUUUAGGUGAUCUUGCAGCGUUUUUGUGUGACUGAUAGUUCAUCACUAAAGGCCUUUUUAUUGACAGGGAAACAAAUACAUGCAAUUGUUUCGAUAGAGAGGACCUUCUUUAGAUGUGGGAAUUUCUAAUUCAUUACAUUACUAAUAUUCCCAUCGGUUUUCCUUCAGUCAGACAUCAAGUGCAAUUGUAUCUCCAUUCUGUCUAGUCAUUUGUAUGCACUUCCUCCUGAAGUAAAACUUAGGUAACUGGUGAUGGUAUGCAUUUGUAGAUUAUUAUUUAUUAUUAUUGGUUUUUGUUUACUUAAUUAUAGACGUAUAAUGAUGAAGUAAGAGUGUUAUGUCUCCUAAGACACAUAGAAAUGGUUUGACUGAUGAGUUAUUAAUAAUAAUUUAUAUUAACCUUAAUAUCUCAAGGUUAAUGAAUCAUUUUAUACGCAUUAAAUAUCGAAUGAUCAGGGAAGGAACUGGAAUCUAUGCAAAGAUCGAGUGUUAUAAGAGAAAGUGUAUCUGUGAUGGCCCAUUCUUUGAAAAUUAGCACUGAUAAACUAAAAAGCAUUAAUAUUUAUUGUAUUGUUUUGAGCAUUUCUUAUAAUGGCUUUCUAGACAUUUUGCAUGUAAAUACAGACUGACGGAUACUGUGUGUCUUGUAUUCAUUCACCAUUAUAAUUUUGCUUGCAUAUUCAAGCAAAAAAUAAGUUUAAAACGUAUUAUAAUCACAAUUCAUCAAAUGAAGGUUACUCAUUUGGCACAAGCAACCAUGUAAAAAACGAGUGUACAUAUUUUACAUGUUUGAUAUCUCCGUGGAGGCAAGUUUUGGAUUCAGAGUUUCAGAUUGAGGGUGACAUUUUAUUUUUUACAUGAUAAGGUUGCCCUGAUCAGCAUCUAUAAUUCAUUAACUUCUGUUCAUGUAUACAGCGAUAAGUGUGAAUCGCUAAUGAAAUAUUGGGUUUAUUUUCCUGUAUUUUGCUGAAAGGAUUGUUUGCCAUAUAUUGGAAAUGACCGUUUCUGGUAAUCUAAGAGAAUGAAAUUGGUGAGUAAAGGGAAAAACUUUUUUUUUUUUUGUCUCUGUACAUAUGAGUAAAGAUGGAUACUAAACGCUCUGGUCUGCAUUACAGUUCGUACCACACCAUGUUCGGCUUUAUUUUGUGUAUAUAAUCCUUCAAAAGCUUUGUAUUUAUAUGGUCAAGAGGGACAAAUCAUGUAUAGACUGAGAUUAAUUGUCUGCCUUGUACUUUCUGAUGUAAAUGUGUUUUUAAAACUAAACUGCGAACGUGAAAAAAGAAAAAAAAAAAUCUUUCAAUGGCCUAAUCACUACAGUUAUUUUGUGUAUUUUGCAUUUAAAUCUGAAGAGCGUUUUGUUUUACCAUGCAGAACUACGAAAACCUUUGUACAAGUAUUCUCAAAGUAUUUUUUCUGUAUAUAUUGUGCUAGCAUGAAUAAUUGUGGUGUGGAUUUUAGAUGUAAAUACACACUUUUUUUUUUUCCUACUCACUUAACCGCUGUGACGUGUAAUUCAUUAAUAAUGCCUAAUAUUAAAGAUAAUGUUUUAUCGACUGAUAUUUGCCUUCCUUUCUUUCUUUGGAAUAGAGUGUAAAUUCUAUACAAUCAGCAUUUCUUUCUUUCUAUUUAGUUCAAAAUAUUUACAGCAUUUAUGAAAUACCCAUAAAGGGCCAUUCUGUAGAACCCUGUUUCUGCCACUGAAUAA